GGAAGCGAACGACGAAAACAAGCCAGCGGCGUCAGCUUGACUGAUGUGUGGACUGAGCUGGAAGAAGGUUGUAUUGUCGUUUCUCAGAUCAGUAUUUCAGCAGCUGGACUAAGAAUGUCUUCGGCUGAGUUUAUUAUCGAGCAGGAAACAGACGAAGAAGAAAAACUCGGAGUCUCCGAACAAACCAUCGUCCAGGACGAGGACCGUCAGCGCAGACUGCUGGAUAACAUCUGGAAACCACCGCUACACACAACAGACAACCCACAGCACAUCUGUAAGAAGGAGGAGUUUCUCUCUGACCAGCAGCCCUGUAACCAGCAGAGGAAUGGUCUGGACCAGGAGCACCCAGAGCCUCCACAGAUUAAAGAGGAACAGGAGAAAUUCUACACCAAUCUUGACCAGAAGGAUCCAGAGCCUCCACAGAUUAAAGAGGAACAGGAGGAAUUCUGCACUAAACUGGACCAAGAGUAUCCACAUUCUCUACAAAUUAAGACAGAACCAGAGGACCCAGAACCUGCAGAGAUUAAAAAUGAGCAAGAGGAACGCUGCAUCAGUCUGGACCAGAAGGAAUCAGAGACUCCCAAGAUCAAAGAGGAACCGGCGGAACACUGCACCAAUCUGGACCAGGAGGACCUAAAACCUUUGCAGAUUAAAGAUGAACAGGAGGAUUUCUGCACCAGUCAGGAGGAAGCACAGCUUGCAGUUAAACAGGAGAUAAACAUCUGUAUCGUGACUUCUGAUUAUGAGGAAAGUGACCAUAGUGAACCAGAACCACACCAUGACAAGCUCCUCUUUCACAACUCUCCUGUGGCUCAAAGUCCAGAUCAGCAAGGAAACAAGGUUGUAGACUCAGAAUUAAGUAGAACUUCACAACUCAAGACAAAGAAAAGAUAUCGCCGAAAUAGAAUUCCCAAUGUGGACAACUCUUCCAUGUCAGAGAGUCAAUGUGAUGCUGACGCAGGGAAAAUGUCUUUAAAAUGUGAUGUUUGUGAAAAAAGUUUUCCUUAUAAAUCUAAACUGCUUAUACAUCAGAGGAGUCACACAGGUGAGAAACCAUAUGCCUGCAACACGUGUGAGAAAAGAUUUAUAAACAUUGCAAAUUUGAAAAGGCAUGUGAUGAUUCACACAGGUGAAAAGCGGUACUCCUGCAAUACAUGUGGGAAAAGAUUUAGUCAGAUCGAUGUAUUUAACAUUCACAUGAGAACGCACACAGGUGAAAAACCAUAUUCAUGCAACACUUGUGAGAAAAGAUUUAAUGGCAUCGGUAAUUUGAAAAGGCAUAUGAUGAUCCACACAGGUGAGAAGCCGUAUGCCUGCAGCACAUGUGGGAAAAGAUUUCUUUGCACAUCAAAGUUAAAAGCACACCUGAUGAUUCACACAGGUGAGAAGCCAUAUGUUUGCAACACCUGUGGGACAAAAUUUACUGAGCGGUCAACCUUGAAUGGUCAUUUAAAAAUCCAUACAGGUGAGAAACCGUAUUCUUGUCGCACCUGUGGGAAAAGAUUCAGUCGAAUGACAAACUUGAGAAGGCACCAAGGAGUUCAUACGGAUUAAAAGUUUUAUACUACAGAGAGCUUUCUGACUUUCCCACACUGUGGGAAACCAAAUCACUGCACUACCUGAGAACGAAAUAUGAAAAAUGUAUCCUUUUCUCCUGAACAGCAAAGACCCCUCAGCUUUGUGUUUUCCAUGUAUGCAGCUUAUUGUCUGUGCUGAUUCUCAGUCAUCCAGGUCUUGGUAAUCCUAGGAGCUUCAGUAAAAAAAUCACUCGACUUCUCCUCAGCCGUUUGUUGUAAAGGGAGGGAAACCCGUGGAUUUUCAACUGAAUCUACAUGUUUCAAUAAACAAAGGCGAAACAAAUAAACACCACUUGUAGAUGACUUGUUUUGGUUCAUAUUGCUAUAAAAUAGCAGACUCUGGUUAAAACAUUGUAAUAAGAUUAUUCUUGGAAAAUCUGGAAAUUCUUUAAGCUGAGCAGUAAAAUUAAAUUCCUUGAAAAGUCA